AUGUACGUGAAAGAUGAUCGCGCCUUGCGUGAAUUGAAAAAGGAUCACGUCACGUUACAAGUAAAUGUGUCAGAGAGAGACAGUAAGACACUUAAAUUCAUUCAACAAGUCAUCAUUACUCUUACCGAUGGACCCUCUCUGUCGGAAAGUUGUGAUGGAAUGUGUUCAAAAUACAGAACAGAACAGGAAUGUACUUCAAACUGCGGAGUCGGUGCUCCAACCGGAAGGUGCCAGUGGAAACGCGGGAAAUAUAAGGAAAUGUCGGAAAACUACACCACGUGUCGACCGAACGAAGUCACGUGCCCAGACAAGAAGUGCGAUGAACUUGAAAUGAAACAUCCAUACAUCUGUCUUCAAGAUUGUACUACUCAAAUUACUUACAGUGGUCUCCUGAGAAACGGGAUGGGGAUACUAAAAGCCAUUGGCAUUUGUUCUUGUGAUGCCAAAAUGAUGUGCCACUGUUACAAAUCUUCAAUAGAAUCAGAAGGGAAAUAUGAAAAAUCUACAGGAAUAAUAAUAAAAUCGACUUCCAGACCAGUCGAUGCAGUCUCGAAUGUUACAUAUACGGGACUCACGCAGUCGUCACUCGACCCUUUCAUUCCAGCUAUUAUACAGAAGAAUGACUCGGACAUUUGCGACCGAGUCUGCGAGUCGGCGAUGGCCACGGUCUUUGGCUGUUUGGCGAUGAUCUGCGUAAUCAGUUUCGUUAUUUGGUGGGUGGUGAAGAGGAGGCGACUUCGAUCGGACACGUUGAAACACGUGGGAAGCGUUGUGUCCGUAUCGGCAGCCCCCUCCGACUACGUCAGCGACCAGGAGAGACAAUUGCAGCAACAACAGAAUCUCACCUACUGCGCGUCGAAGGGACCAAGAAAUGAAACAUUCGCUCUAAGUUCUGAUCAUAUCGACAAGAAAUGGGAAUUCCCUCGGAAGCACUUAAUCAUAGAGGAAUCACUGGGAGAAGGAGAAUUUGGAAUGUCUGUUCAUAAUCAAUCUAUCUAUCUAUCUAUCUAUCUAUCUAUCUAUCUAUCUAUCUAUCUAUCCCAGUGUGUUCAUAAUCAAUGUCUCUCUCUCUCUCUAUCCAUCUCUCUUUAUCGCUCUCCCCAGUCUGUUCAUAUCUAUCCAUAUCUAUCUAUCUAUCUAUCUAUCUAUCUAUCUAUCUAUCUAUCUAUCUAA